AUGACGGCGCUGGCUCUGCUGUUUGAUGCGUUUCCUGGCACUGCCUGCGUACUUUCGCGUGGUGCACUGGAGGACAUCGUAUGUAAGACGUACGUCGCGUCGACGCUGCCCACGUCAGAAGCCCUCGCGGAGGCCAAGGGAGCCCUGGUAGGGCCGUAUCCGGACGGGACUGGACGGCUGGCGUUUGCUUUCUUCUUCCCGUCUGGGAGGAUAGACUGCGAUAUCUAUCUCUCGAUGCUGGAUGGCCGUGCAGGCUUCCUUCUGCGCUUCCUUCUGCGGUGCCGUUGCUUUGUCUCGUUUGUGCGCCAGCCAUGCCAUGGCAUGCCACCCAUGCUCGCAUCCGGACGCAUCGCCAACGGGGUGCAUCGAACGUGGGCAAAAGCUCGCAGAGGGCGUGGGGUGCGCACUGCUUUCUUCUCCUUCUGGAAAGCCUCCUCGCUCCGCUUCAUGUGCAACGAACGGGGAAGCAGGAAAGCAAGGAGCGCGUUUGCCCGCUGCCCCGUGUCAGGAUUCAGGCGGCCCAGAGCCCCAGCUCCCCACCCGAUAACUCUUAGUACUCCUAUUAUUGUCCCUCGUGUCCUACCCCAUAAAACCAAGCCCGCCUUCCUCGAGUUCUUAGAAACCUAUCCAGUUCUCACGUCUUCGCCUCCAACUCGUCGGGUAAUUCGUACCAACACCGCAAGUAGCGACACAGGUACCAUCCAACCACACCCACCACUCCCAGCGCCUGUGUAUUAUUGGACCGAACCCCGUCUGUUCCAUUUCCACAUUUCCACAUUCCCCAAUCCGGGGCUCCGGCUUUGCCCUUGCAGUGCCAGCGCAUCAGCCCUGCCUGUGGCUCUUCGUGAUAUUAAAUCUGACUCACAGAAACCAGGCUCUAAUCGUUUUGCAUAUCAGCCCGAGUCCUGCUUUGUUCGCACCGGAUUCAGCCAUACCGAUAUUGCCAGCGAAUUUAUUAGUUGUCCGAGACAGCUCAUAAUCUCUUGCGCCCCCGAGUCAUAUCCGUCUCUCGACCAUACAUCUCACCUUGCAGUUACACUUGAACUAUCGGCCAACGCAGUAGCUCUUUUAUCACUCAUCCUCCCCACAGACGUAAAUAUCGCCCUGGAAUCCGCCUCAGUCUUUACUUUGCCCCCCAAAGUACGAUCAGAAUUUUUUGGCCUGCGGCGUUUAUAA